UUCGUACUUUUCAGACGCAUCGAGUAUUGGAAUUCCGACAAUCCCCAUGGCUGGCCCCGUACAUAAAUCUAAACACGGAAUUACGUAAGCGGGCGACCAACAAAUUCGAAGAAAAGUUUUUUAAAGAUUUAAACAAUUCGGUGUUCGGGAAAACUAUGGAGAACAUGCGUCGCCGAUUCGACUUAGAACUUGUUUCGUGUCCGCAAAGAAUGCGGAAACUCAUAAAUCGACCGACAUUCAAAUAUUGUACGACUUACAAUGAAAAUCUCUCGGUGGUCACCCAACACGGCAAAGAAGUGGAUUUCUGCAAGCCUAUCUACAUAGGAUUUACCGUACUAGAACUUAGUAAAGUUUUAAUGUACGGAUUUCAUUAUGACGUCAUGAAGCGUCAUUAUGGAGAUAGGAUUGAAUUGUUGUAUACCGAUACCGAUUCACUAUUCUACCGUGUGACAACAAAUGAUUUUUACGACGACCUUAUCACCAAUCCUAAUCUCAUGCGUUUUAUGGAUACAUCCAAUUUGCCGGGCGAUCACAAGUGUUAUACAGCCGUUCGGAAACGUGUCCCAGGUCUUUUUAAAUUCGAAUGCGGUUCAAGUACAGUCUAUGAGUUUGUAGCUCUGCGUGCUAAAUCCUAUGCCUACGACGUGGAACAGGACGUCAGCAUUCGCGCGAAAGGUGUUAUGAGGCACGUGAUUCGUAAUCACCUCACGCUCGCCGAACACAAGCGAUGCUUAUUCGCCGACGUGGACGACGAGGCGGGAUCCGACGAGUCCGAAGACGAAUUAGACUCUGACACGGGGAAAAUGAUCGCAGCCGAUUCCGCGCUUAAAGCUGUCGCCCAAAUACACCGGAUCGCCACCUGCACGUCUGCCACGUCUCCGCUCGCGCAUCCAUCGCUUUGCUAUAGCAACACGCCUUUCACGCCGUAUAGAGAAAAUGUCUCUAUACGGUCGUUUAAACACGAAUUGCGUACGAUUAAGACUAUGAAAUUAGUUUUAAACAGGGCUGACGAUAAGCGUCAUGUGUUACCCGAUAACAUUUCCACGUACGCACACGGUCAUCACCGCAUAAAUUAUUAAAUUGUUAUUAUUGUUAUUAUAUUGUGUAUUUAAAUGUAUAAAAAUUCGUUGUAUUGUAAGAUGUUAAAAUAUAUUAACACCGUUUA